GGACGCCGCACGAUUGAAAGGAUACGGAGAAGUACAAUACCAUCAAAGCUCUGGAGACGCGUUUGGAUUAUUACUUUGCAUACGACCUACAGAAGAUUGCAGACAGACUGGGGAUUUUACACUUUGGAGUCUAUCCUACAGUUUGUGGAGUAUAUUCCAAUUCAUCAUGACACUGGAAGAAGUCGUUGGAUGCAACAUCACUGAGAAGAAAAUGGAGAACGUGGGUCAAGCUUUGGAGGAACUGCUGGUCGCAGCGCAGCGACAAGACUGCCUCACAGUGGGGGUUUAUGAAUCAGCCAAGCUCAUGAAUGUCGAUCCGGACAGUGUGGUGCUCUGCGUUUUGGCCACGGAUGAGGAGGACGAGGACGACAUCGCGCUGCAGAUCCACUUCACUCUGAUCCAAGCCUUCUGCUGCGACAACGACAUUAACAUCCUGCGCGUGUCGGGCUUGGGACGCCUGGCACAGGUCCUUGGCGAGCCGAGCACCGCCGACAGCAACGCCAACGAGCCCAGGGAUCUGCACUGCAUCCUCGUCACGGCUCCCCACGUCGACUCCCUGAAAUGCCAGGCUCUCAAGGAGGUGAGCAGCUACUGCCAGGAAAGUCGCCGCCGCAACCAGUGGGUUCCCUGCCUGGCCCUGCAGGAGCGCUGAAGCAGCGAGCGCCCGUGAGCGAUGGAAGUCGUCGAUCUUGGGGAAAAGCGAGAGGCGUUCGAGAAGGAAUGUCGCAGGAACUGGAAGCGGCGACGCGCGUGUCUGUUGAGACGGAGACGAGGGGACGCGGCUUCGUGGGCGUCUGGCGGCGCUUCCUCCGUCGAACGGAACAGAGGCGCGUCUGGGGGAGUCGCAGGAAAAGAAAAGCGGUCGUGUGUCGGAGCGGAGCAGCGCAGCGCCGCAGCCUUCAGCUGGGCCAGGGGACACACGGGGCGACGGAACGGCCGAGGGCGGCAGCGGCGUGGGAGACGGAUUAGUUUCUCGCUCGUAGAAGAAGCGGAGACUCGGACUGGGUCACAUAACACCCUUUAAAGACUGAAGUGGAACAGCGUGCUCAUGUUGAAUGCAAAUCAUUGUUAAGAUUAGUGGUUCAUGUUUUGCCAGCCUAGUGCGCAGGACUCGCUGCAGUCACUUAGACGCUUUAUACCAUGCUUUUACUUAAUAGUUGUGCAGCACAACAUAUCUGUAUUGCCCUAAGAGAUGGGCUAAGGACUUUGAGCCAACAGUGGAAACAAAAAUAUUUCAUACUGUUUUAUAAUUUAAAACGAAGGGUAAUGUAUCAAAUCAACUACUGUAUUGCAAAUUGCAACUUUUUCCUCAAAAUAAAUGAUUCUGUUUAAAAGAAA